AUGCCCACCUGGACGGAUAUAUGACUGAACUCGAAGUAAUCUACAAAGAUCGCGACAUGCGAGGACUGUACCAACACCUCAAGAGAUCAGUGGGCCUCAGCGGGAGACAAGCGGGGGGACAGCAGUUCGUCACGGAUGAGAACGGCGUGUUGCUCCGGAACAGGGACGACAUCCUCCAGCGGUGGGCGAGAUUCUUCAGCACCCUACUCAACACCAAAUCCCCCACCCUGAACCCACACAUAAUCGAACGAAUGACGCAGCGGCUAGCGACACGUGACAUUCAACGGUUGGGAGAUGUGCCAGAACUCGAGGAGUUGCCAUGGGCAACGAAAGGCCUCAAGAACUGGAAGGCACCCGGCCAUGACUCCCGCCCUGCCGAGUUGCUCAAGAUCGAUUACGACGAACCCUUCGUCCUGGGACACCUUCAUACCACCCUCGUCAAGGUGCUGAACAAGAAGGGUGACCGGUCCAACUGUAACAACUACAGGGGGAUUUCGCUACUAUCUCACGUAGGCAAGGUCCCCAUCAAGAUCAUCACCAACCGUCUAAGCGCCUUCUGCGAAGCCAACAACAUCCUCCCGGAGGAACAGUGCGGAUUUCGACCCGGGCGAUCCACCGUCGACAUGCUGUUCGUCGUGCGCCGCCUCCAGGAGCUGGGGCGGAGAAAGAAAAUACCGCUCUACAUGUGCUUCGUCGACUUGAACAAGGCGUAUGAUUCGGUGGACCGAGAGAUGCUAUGGAAGGUGCUGGCCAGGGCCGGGAUUCCCGCGAAGCUGAUCGAAGUCAUCCGCCAAUUCCACGAUGGAAUGCGGGCCCGGGUGCGCAUGGACGACGGAGAACUAUCGGACUGGUUCUUCGUGACACCGGGCGUGCGACAAGGAUGUGUGCUAUCCCCACUGCUGUUCAACAUCUUCUUCGCCGAGGUCCUCGAGGUCGUUGUCAUCCGAUUCAGCGAGGAUGAUGUUGUUCUGCGGAGCCUGGUGUGCUUGGAGGAGGGGAAGACGGAAGCGGGGGGGGGGGAGGAGACACCCCUUGACCGAGUACGGAGGGCAGUAUGGGGGAUGUUGUAUGCCGAUGAUGCCGGCGUCGUAUCGAGGUCUGCAGAAGGACUGGCGAGAAUGAUGACCAUCAUCGUUGAGGUGUUCGGGGAGUUCGGGCUAACGGUGUCGGAGAAGAAGACGGAGACGCUCCUGAUGCGCGCAAAGGACAAGCCGACUACAACAUCACAGCCCGCCCCGCCUCCACCACUGACCAUCGAAGCCGCGGGACAGAAAUACGCCCAGACGACCGAGUUCCGGUACCUCGGUGGCCUCGUCAACGAACAUGGCGACCUCACCCGGGAGAUCAACUACAGGAGCAGAGGAGCGUGGGCGUGCCUCAGGCGAUAUGGCCGGGAGCUCUUCGACAGACCGCAAGCGCCAUUCCGACUCAAGAUCCGCCUGCUCCAGGCGGAGGCGAUGGAGGCACUGCUGUACGGCCUCAUGACAUGGUCACCACUCAGCGGCCACUAUCAGACGCUGCGGUCGAUACACCACCGACUGCUGCUUCGAGUUAUCGGGUACAAGCGCAAGAAAGACACCUACCGGCAGCUCUCUUACGCCCAGACGCUGAAGAGGGUCGAAUGCCAGAGCGUUGAAGCCACGAUCCGACAACGACGCCUACUGUUCGCGGGAGCAUUGGCAAGGCAGCCGGACGGGCGACUCCCGAAACGACUGAUGUUCGGCGAACUGGCAGGGGGGGAGAAGCAACGUAGGGGGGGACAGGAACAGAACUGGCCGAAGUGCGUGCUCGACGACCUGAAGGCAUUCGGGGCCGACCACGGAUCUACGAAAACCGAUCCAUGUUGUUUCGGAAUCCCGGUACCGAAAGACACGGCACCGAAGUUAAAGUGGACGGAAGCCGCGAAGGUAGAGGGCGGAGUACCCUGGCAUGCGGCGGUGCUGCAGGGAGCUGAGAGGUUCAUGACCUCCUGGCACGAGAAGGAAGAAGAGGCCAGCCGACAACGGGCGCUCAGACGAAACCACAAGCCACCAACCAAUGGGGCGUGA